AUGGAGUUGCUUUGUGAGAUCACCACCCACAAGGUUAACUCUGAGGAUGUGACACAAGGUGAUGAUGUUGUUCAGCCACAUCCAGUGUUGGCGGUUCGCGUUGGGGAAAGAGUGACACUGCAGUGUUUCUGUCCGAAUGAUGACAUGGAAUACACAUUUUGGUUAAAACUAAAUGUUGGCCAGAUACCUCUUCUCAUAGCAACAUCUCUUAAGUUUUCUUCAGAUGCUAUGUUUUACAAUAACUUUAACUCUACACGCUUUCAAGUAAAGACAGGUGUGGGACUCAACCAUUUAACUAUAUCAAACAUAGAAUCAUCAGACUCUGCAAUGUAUUAUUGUGGAAUGAGGAAAGAUUACUCAAUUGUGUUUGGAGCUGGAACCUAUUUGGUAAUAAAGGGUAAGCAGCCCAACAGCAUGACUGUGGUGGAGCAGCCUGUGUCAGACCCAGUGCAUCCAGGAGACUCGGUGACUCUGCAGUGUACAGUAGACAGUGAGACCUGUGCAGGAGAACACAGUGUUUACUGGUUCAGACACGGCUCGGGAGAAUCCCUUCCGGGACUCAUUUACACCCAUGGAAACAGGAGUGAUGAGUGUGAGAAGAGCCCUGAGGCUGGGUCUCAUACACACAGCUGUGUCUACAGCCUCCCCAAGAGGAACCUCAGCCGCUCUGAUGCUGGGAUUUAUUACUGUGCUGUGGUCACAUGUGGGGACAUACUGUUUGGAAAUGGGACACAGCUGGAAUUUAACGAUCAUUCAGUGGAUCCUCUGAUCCUUGUUCAGGCAGUGUCAUUGGGUUUCUGUGUGAUUUUCAUUGCUGUGCUGCUUUGUACCAGGAAUAAGAAUUGUAGAGGUUAG